UUUUUAGUUGUUUUCUGGCAUUCGCGAUAAAAUGAUUGAAGAUUUUCCUCCGGGCUUUUCUUGGCGUCCAUACCCAGGAAUAUCAAGUAGACAAGGCAAGUUAGCACCACAGUGUCCAUAGAGUGUGGAUGAGAGUGCCAGGGAGUUGGGAAAACGUGAAGAAAAUGCAGUUUUAGUGGGAAAAACAAGAACUUUCUGCAUAAUAGAAAAGUUGUGGGUGCGGCGGAAAAAAGGUGUCCAGGAGAAAAAUCCUCACCACCAGUAUCCUCUAGCCAGGAAGACUGUAUCCAGGAAUCCAGGUGAAUCCCAGCAGUGCAAUCAACAAGGAAGAAGAAACGAGGAUUUCGUCUUUAGUGGAAAAUAUGAAGAUCAAUGCGUCGAAGAUGGCGACACCGAUUGAAGAAAAAGUGGACCAAAAUAUAAAGAUACGCAGUGGAAUGGUCACGGUGAGUGAUGGGAAGAGUAAACCCGAGCUAAUGCGUAUCAAUCUCUCCAUGGAGUUGGUGACACUGCAACGCUUGGAGGUCCUGACCCCAUCGUCAGCGGCUGCGGCCAAUGGGGGACCACCGGCGGAGUCAAAAGAGCGCAUGGUGCAGAUUACGCGCCAAAAAGUUGGUGGUCUUGGGCUCAGCAUCAAAGGUGGGGCUGAGCAUAAGCUUCCAAUUCUCAUAUCGCGAAUCUACAAGGAUCAAGCUGCCGAUGCUACUGGGCAGCUCUUUGUCGGGGAUGCCAUUAUAAAGGUCAACGGAGAGUACAUAACGGCGUGCCCCCACGAUGACGCCGUAAACAUUCUGAGGAACGCAGGGGACAUUGUGGUGCUCACGGUCAAGCACUAUCGAGCUGCGACGCCCUUCCUUCAGAAGCAAUUGUCCAAAGAGACUCCCGAUUCGGACAAUGAUGCGACGUGCGCUGAAUUAAAGGCUGAUGAGGGGUGGAAAUCAUCAACAAACAACAGCAGACCCGUUUCAAUGUGUUCGGAGCCUGAGAAAAAGUGGGUAGACAUCGUUUCUGUACCCCUCAUGAUGGCCUACGUCACGCGAUACAUUUUCGGCACGGAUAAAUUGCGACCAAAUGCGUUUGAGGUGCGUGGGCUCAAUGGUGUGUCCACUGGGGUGAUCAAUUGCGACGACCUGGCCAUCUUGAGUCAGUGGCUGAAGUACAUUACGGACAACAUUGUGGGAUUGACGCAUUUGCAAAUGAAGCUGUACAAUCGCAAUUUUGCCGUUGGGGAACGCAUUGAGUACAUGGGAUGGGUGAAUGAGGGUGUUAUCAGCACAAAUCUCUCAUGGCAGAGCUACAAGCCGCGUUUUCUUGUGCUCAAAGGCACCGAAGUUAUGCUGUUUGAUUCACCACCGGUGAACGUUGCGGGACUUUCAAAGGCAAAUGUAGCCUACAAAGUCUACCAGACGAUGUUUCGGGUAGUGAAGGAAUCUGAAACUGUGGAUUCUCGGCAGCAUUGCUUUCUACUUCAGAGUUCCGGUCAUGAGCCGCGGUAUUUGAGCGUUGAGACGCGUCAGGAAUUGCUGAGAAUUGAAAAUAGCUGGAAUACAGCCAUCGUAACGAGUGUCAUUAAAUUGGGUCGGAAAACAUUUGCUGUGUCGCACCACGGCAAGGGUGGUGGUUUAACGUUGGACUGGCAAAAUGGUUUCAGCCUGGCCGAGGGGGCGGAUGCCACAAUUGUGUGGCAAUAUAAAUUCUCCCAACUCCGUGGGUCCAGUGAUGAUGGCAAAUCAAAGUUGAAGCUCCAUUUUCAGGAUCAUGAAACAAGGGCCAUUGAGACUAAAGAACUGGAAUGCCAAGUGCUGCAAAGUUUGCUAUUUUGUAUGCAUGCCUUUUUAACAGCUAAAGUCGCUUCUGUUGACCCGGCAUUUUUGAGUUCAAUUCAGCAAACGUAAAAAGGACAUCAUUUUUCAUUGUCCUGAAUUUUUUUUCUGGAUGCGACGAUUGUAUCUCCUAGGUCGUGUAGGGAUUCGAUUAAUUUUAAUAUUUAUUAAAAGAGAAAAAAUACAGGACUUGCGGUAGAGUCCAAUUUGGAGGUGGAAAUCAAAGAAAAUUGAGAAGGAAAAUUACCUUUUUUUCAGAAGGGAAGCAUGGUUGCAAAAACCGUUAAAAAAUGUAAAAAUUUACUUUGAGGGACUUCUUAUUCCCUCUUUUGAGUGCAUUUUUAGGACUGAAUGUUUGUGAUUGCGUGAGAGAUGGGCAAUCUCUUCUUUUUUCCUCAGAAAAUUGAAAAUUUAUUCCAAAUGAAGAUAUUAGAGAAAUUUAUUUACACUUUAAUGGUUACGAUUAGCUUGUUAAAAUGACAAAAAACAGAGAUUAGUUAAGAAGCGUAGAGAAUACGUGGGUUGAACGUUUAAUAUAUUGCUAAGUUAUUGAUAAAGAAAAUAAAUGUAGAAAUGAAUAAAACUAAAA